AUGGCCUUCUCUCUCGCUUCAACCCUGAGAACCUCCCAGCUUUCUCUGUCUCCAUCUCACUCGCUCUCCGCAACACAAAGGCCGCGACCCAGGAUCACCAUCUCUUGCAGAUCAUCCUCAUCAGCGACCAAGUCGGUACGCGAAAAUGGCUCCAACUACUACGAGCUGCUCUCACUGAACCCUAACGACACGAGUGCCGAUGACGUUAAGAAAGCGUACAGAUCGCUGGCGCUCCGGUAUCACCCUGACGCGUGCCGCGACCCGUCGAUGAAAGAAGAGUCAACGAGGAUGUUCCUCCGGCUUCACGAGGCUUACGAGACGCUGUCCGACCCCACGUCGCGCCAAGAGUAUAACUACGAACUGGGCCUGAGCUCGACCGUAUCUUGGAGAUCGCCAUGCAGUGUCGUCGAUAGCGAUGAUCAGGAGAUGAUGAGGAGUAGGUGGCAAGAUCAGAUCGUUGAGCUGAAGCGGAGGUCGAACAAUCGGAUGGCUCAGAAGAACGGGUCGUGGGCCGCGCGAAAACGCGCUCACAACCUCCGGAGAGAUUAA